GCACGGCCUCGGCGGCGGCCACGGCCGGGCUCUCGGCGGCGAGGUCCCAGGCCGGAGCCAGCCGGUGCCCCGGCGCAGAGACGCGCGGCCGAGCCCCCCGGCCCCGGGCGCCCCCCGGCCGGGGAGGCCGGGACGGGCGGACGAUGUCUGCUCGCGCCCCGGUGUCCGCCGCUCGCUCUCGGGAGGACCUGCCGGCGGCGGCGGCGGCGGAGAGGGAGGCGCUGACGGCCGCGGCGAGCCGGCCGGCCGAGCAGCAGCCCCCGCCGGAGCGGGAGGGCAAGGAGGCGGGGAGGGCCGCCACCAGCGCGGGCGCGCGGGGAGAGCCGUCGCCGGCGCCGGUGCGGGGCCACAGCGUGCCCCAGGCGGCCGUGCCCGUGCGACCGCUGGCGCUGCACCUGGCGCACAAGGCGCGCGGGCCCGGGGGCCCCUUCGGCGGGGAGCCGCCGGCCGAGGACGCCCGGGAGCCGCCGGCUGCGGCCGGCCCGGGGGAGAAGCCGCCGCCGCCCAAGGAGAACCCCUGGACCAAAAAGCCUCCCCAGCACGCGUCCCCCGCCGCGACCGGGCCGCCGCCGCCCGCGCCGGAGACCCUGCAGGCAGAGCUCAGUUCCCCCAAAAUUAUAAAAGCAGGAAAACUCAAGACAAGGAAACCCAAUAAGGCCAGUGAUUUCAGCGAUAUGGCAAACUGGCCAACACCAGGAGAGUUAGUGAGCACUGGAAAAACCUUUUUGCAGUCUCAGAGUGUCAUCAGCCAAGGAAAUAAGAAGCCACAAAUUAGAAAAGAAAAAGAAGAGAAGGUUGAAAAGAGGAGUAACAGUGAGAGUAAAGAAAACCGGGACGCAAAAUUAGAUGGUCCUAUCGAAAACAUCAGUGAGGACGAGGCCCAGUCCAGCGGUCAACGAAAGAGAGCUAACAAACACAAGUGGGUACCACUGCACUUAGAGGAUGUAAGACCAGAGAGUCAGGAGAGACCUGGAUCCCGGAACAGCUCUCGGUGUCAACCUGAAGCAAAUAAGUCAUCCCAUAAUAACAGGAGGAACGACACACGAAGUUGGAGGCGAGACAGAGAAAAAAGAGAUGAUCAGGAUGAAGUGUCCAGUGUGAGGAGUGAGGGGGGUAAUAUCCGAGGUUCCUUCAGAGGCCGAGGAAGAGGAAGAGGCCGGGGAAGAGGGCGAGGCAGAGGAAACCCUCGAGUGAACUUUGAUUAUUCGUAUGGUUACCGAGAACAUGGUGAAAGGACGGAUCCACCGUUUCAAACAGAAAUUAACACCAGUAUGAUGUAUUACUAUGACGAUGGUACGGGUGUGCAGGUGUAUCCUGUGGAAGAAGCAUUGCUUAAAGAGUAUAUUAAGCGUCAAAUAGAAUAUUACUUCAGUAUAGAAAACUUGGAACGUGACUUCUUUCUUCGGAGAAAGAUGGACGCGCACGGCUUCCUGCCCAUUUCCUUGAUUGCUGGGUUUCACCGAGUUCAGGCUCUCACCACGAACCUUAAUCUCAUUCUGGAGGCCCUGAAGGACAGCACAGAAGUAGAAGUUGUGGAUGAGAAAAUGAGGAAAAAGAUAGAACCAGAAAAAUGGCCGAUCCCGGGCCCUCCUCCCAGGAGUGUGCCACAGACGGACUUCUCCCGGCUGAUCGAUUGUCCGGAGUUCGUGCCAGGCCAAGCCUUUUGCUCACAUACAGAGUCUGCCCCAAAUUCUCCAAGAAUUGGAAGUCCACUGAACCCAAAGAAAAAGACUGAAACAAGUCACCUUCAAGCAAUGUCUAGAGGUCUGUCUACCAGCUUGCCUGACUUGGACUCAGAGCCUUGGGUGGAGGUGAAAAAGAGGCACCAUCCAGUGGAAUUAAAGGAAUCGGCACCUGUACCUGAUGAGGCCUCAGAUGGACUGUGUCUUCCGGGAGAACCAGAAGAACUGGGUUUCUUAUUUGACGAGGAGAUGGAACAAAUAGAAGGACGAGAAAACACAAUUACUGAUUGGUCUGAUAAUGAUUCAGAUUAUGAAAUCGAUGACCAAGAUUUGAACAAGAUUUUGAUCGUGACUCAGACGCCCCCGCACAUGAGAAAACACCCUGGAGGAGAUCGAACAGGCGGCCACCAGACGGGGGCGAGCAUCACGUCAGAACUUGCCAAAGUGAUCAAUGAUGGCCUGUACCAUUAUGAGCGGGCUCUGUGGACGGAGGAAGGUGAAAACACACCCGCCGUCGCACAGCAAGAAGUUGAGAACUUUAAGAAGCUAAAUCUCAUUAGUAAAGAGCAGUUUGAAAACCUAACACCUGCACUUCCUUUUGAGCCAAACCAAGAAGUUCCUGUAGUGCCUUCACAGUCCAGGCAAGAAAUAACUGCAGCGACCAUGGCCCGUUCGUUGCCCACCGCAGUCCCAGAAUCUCCGAGGGCUCAUCCUACAGGGACACCCAAAACACCCCGAACACCCAGGCUGCACCAUCCUGACAAAACACCCAGAUUUUAUCCUGUCGUUAAAGAACCAAAAGCCAUUGAUCUACGGAGUCCAAGGAAGAGAAAGACAAGGCACAGCACAGAUCCCCCUCUAGAGUGUCAUGUUGGCUGGGUGAUGGACUCCAGGGACCACGGGACACGGGCACCCUCUGUCAGCAGUUCCAACACCCCACCCUCAGGGGGGGUGCCGCUGGUGGGAAGCUGUGGAUGUGCCCCACACUCCCUGCCCAAGUUCCAGCACCCUUCUCACGAGCUCCUGAAGGAGAACGGCUUCACCCAGCAAGUGUAUCACAAGUAUCGUCGAAGGUGUCUGAGUGAGAGAAAAUGCUUGGGAAUUGGACAGUCCCAAGAAAUGAAUACCCUCUUUCGUUUCUGGUCCUUCUUCCUUAGAGAUCACUUCAAUAAAAAAAUGUAUGAGGAAUUUAGACAACUUGCUUGGGAAGAUGCAAAAGAAAAUUACAGGUAUGGGUUAGAAUGUCUGUUCCGGUUUUAUAGUUACGGACUGGAAAAGAAAUUCAGACAAGAAAUUUUUAAGGAUUUCCAAGAAGAAACCAAAAAAGACUAUGAAUCUGGUCAGCUGUAUGGACUAGAAAAGUUUUGGGCCUAUCUAAAAUAUUCUCAAUCUAGGACGCGGUCCAUUGAUCCAAAACUUCAGGAAUACCUCUGUAGUUUUAAAAAGCUGGAAGACUUCCGCAUUGAUCCCCCUCUUGGUGAGGAAUCUGGGAGAAAAAGACACUCGUCCACUUCUGGUGAGGAGAGCAGUCGGCACAGACCCCUGUCUGAUUCUCCAAAGCCACUGGACGCUGCGCCUCCAUCCUCCAGUCGGCUCGCGGUGCCUGCAGACUCCCCAAGAAGGAGCCCUUCAUGGGGGCCCAGCGACUCAGACCAGGGCCGUGCUGCUUCCGUCUCGAUGAACGGCGAAGCGCCUGAGAAGUAGACUCUCGUGAAAGCUGUGUGUCCUCGAAGUCAGCAUUCACAUCAGUAUUUAUUUGGGAAAAAUCUUCUGAUGUCUAAUAGAAAGGAAGAAAAAUGGUAGCAUCUUUUCUAGCAGGAUAAUUUUUCCUGAUUUCACAAACCAGGAUAGUUUUGGUGACCUUUUGUGGACAUCUGCUGGUAAUGCAGUUUGGUCUCGGUAUUUCUUGAAAGCCGUUGUUUACAAGAACAGCAUUCCUUAAUAUAUUGAAAAACACUACAAGGAAUGCUUAGCAUUUCAGCUCUUACUUCUUAAAGAAGAUAUAGUAUGUGGUAUUCAUCUCUUCUGUAGAGCUCUCUUAAAGAAUCCAGUUGCCCCACUAUCAAUUCAUAUUUGAACUUAUCAAAACCAAAGGAAGAUUACGUGUAUGUUUUUAGAUUCAGAAAAAGUAUAUGAAAGAUACAUUUUUCUUUUAGAUGUAUAGUUUAAAGAAAGCUUUUUUUUUUUUAAACAAAAGUAGAAGUAUAUAGCAAAGUACGUGUACUUUUGACGCUGGGUUUCAUUUUUCUCCCCCUUAGUUAUACCUUAUGGUUUUCCCAGUCCUUGUGUUGGUGUGGUAUAAGCUUGUUACAUUUUAGGAGAAAUUUAUUUUGUGAUUCUGUGUAAAUUUGCACAUGUGCUUGAAAACUGCAUUGGGAUUAGUUGGAAUAUUGUCCUAAAUAAAUUAAACCUCUGUUUUGAAUGUACAUGCUGUUGAUACAUCUGCAAAGUGGGCAUUUCACAGCAGUAAGAUUAUCAUCAAUUUAAAGAGUAUUUUGUUUUUUUCUUUUUGUUUCUUCCUAUUUUGUUUUAUGCUCUUAAGUGUUUUCAAGAAUUAUCACAAACUGGUUUCUAAUUAUUAUUGCUGUUGCAACUGAUGUAAAUGAUAGUUUCAGUUUUGUGGGAUUAAAAAAUAAAGCACUUAUCCUGAAUUAUUUGAAUUGAUUUUUAAAUUAUUUUUAUUUAGAAUUCAUUUAGAAAGCUAUAAUAUUCCAGUUCUCCUGGUAGAAGACCAUUAUAUUUUGUGAACACAGUUUCAGUUAUGGACUUAUUAUAUCAUUUUUACUGAGCACAGCAUGAUUCACAGAUACUGUAUUGGCAGAGGCUGCAAGUUUCAGUACACUGAAUUUAUUAUUUUCUUUUCGACUAGACUGGAUGACUUGUUCUUAUAAAUUGCAAUACUGAAAUACAUAUAAUUUUCUUUGGGUAAUGGGCUAUUCAUCAGUAAGUAGAUUUUCAUUAGCUUAUUUCCCAUGCAUAAAUGAUAUUCUGCAGUUUUAUAAUAUUUACAAUUUAGGGGGUAAUUUUGAUAUUUUAAUUUUAGGAAGUAGUCAAAUUUGAAUAUUCAGAAAGUAAACUUUGCUUGGAGAUGUUGUCAAAAGGAGGCAAAGCAAGCAGUGCACUAGAAUAAAUAUUCAGUCCUUAUGUGUUUUGUUAAGUGGGUGUGUGUUUUGGAUUUUCAGUGAGAAAUUUCCAAACCAUGCUUAUUUAGUUUCUAAGUGGUCUCUUGAAAUGAUCUAAAAUUUUUUUCGAUAUACUUUUAGUGUUGAACUAUUACUUGUGAAAGUUGUAUUUAACCUAAGAUUAUUUCUACGUAACUAAAUAUGCAAGUAUAAAUUUGUGUAGAAAAUUGUAUAUUUUAUAUGAAAAUACCAUGGAGUUUUGUAAUGUGUGUUAAUUAGUAAUUUUACCCUGUUAUUUUGAUUAUAAAAGUUAUGCAUGUACAUUGGGGACUUUAGAAAAGCACAAAGGAGAAAAUAAAGUACCUUUUUUAAAAAGAAAAAAGCUGGUGUCGCGCUCUCCACGUGGAGCUGUAGGCUGCGUCUUCCUGUCGCGGAGUCGCGCUUUCCCCGCUGUGUCAGCGUUUCUGCAUCAUAGCUUUUGCCAGUUUCAUAGUGCUCGGCAUCAGGACGCCCCAGGGAUCGGUGUUGAACUCUGUGGCUGUUUUGUGGCUGUGAUAAAAGCAAUUUAUAAAAUCCUUAGAGAUCACUCUGUAUAAACGUGGAGUGACAGCCUAGAAUGAACUGCAAGUUGAGUCUAAGUCAAAACGUGUCCCCAUUCCAGGCCGGAUGGGAAGGCCGCACAGUUACCCUUUGGUCAACAGCGUCCGUUUCCUGUCGUCUUUAAAGAUUGUCUUUCUGUUUGUUAAACUGAGAAGCAAAAAUAUUAUUUUAAUCUCAUUGUUAACAUUUUGAUCAGAUUAUCAAUUGAUAAUUUUUGUUGUCUACUAUAAAUAUAUUAUUUGUAGGUCUUGAUCAUGUCUUUUGUUUUCCUGUGGGAAUGAUUAUCUCCUUUUGAUUCAUAGAGAUUUUUAAAAAAACUUACAUGAAUAUUAACUCUUUGCUUUCUAAUUUUAUGUAUGCUUGACAUGGUAUGUACAUUUUUUUGGUAAAAUUUAAAUUAUGCUCCUUAAAGGAUUUUU